UCAGCCUCCUUCAUUGCUGGGAUUACAGGCAUGCACCACCACGCCUAGCAGUUCCCAGCUUCUUGCUGUCCCCUCCCCCAUCUCUGCCAUAUCCUGUCUCCUAUUCUAGACACCCCACCCCCGCCCGCCUAUUAACACAGAUUCUCUGGAAGGGACACACCUCGGAUGUCCCACCACAUAGAUAGCCAUCUUUCCACUCGGCCUUUUCCCAUCACGCAUUGUCUUGGUGGGGCAGAGGUGACGUUUGCACCUGGAGGAGAUGUCAUAGAAGGCAUUCCUGCAUGACUUCAUCUCUGGGCUGUGCUCUCAAAAUUCCAACCGAAUCAGCUCUACCCUUUAAGGGGUGGGAGAAGGGUCGGCAUUCCAGAAGUUCCUUGUCAUACUCAGGCUUUUAAUCAGUUGACAUUGGAGAAUUCGCAUCCCAGUGCUGAAAGGCUCCCGGGGUUGGGGUGUGAGUCGGGAGAGGGGUCAGAGCUGUCCUGCACCCCGCCCCGCACAGGUCUGUCUGGUCUGGGAAUCUGGCUGGAGAGCCAAUCUUGAGAGUCCGCACAGAGUUCCCUGUGGGUGGUCAGCACCACGGACAGCGGCCCCGGCGAUGGCCGGGUGUGAGGACCCAGGCGGGUGCUGGGUUACAGCUGCAGGCGCGGGGAACUGCGGGAGGAAGACGCUGCUGGCGGCGGUGGGCGUCGGCUGGGGCUCCUCUCUGAGUCACCGUGCGCCCCACGCUCCCGCGGGCCUUGGAAGGCUGGGGUUCUCCCCGCCGCUUCCAGCAGUGGCUGGGUGGGGAGGGAAGGGGAGAGAGCCAUGUUCAAGGCCCCAGAUUUUUGCGAAGGAAGAAGCUGUCCCCCGCACGCUCCCGCCCUGGCCCGGCCCAUUUCUAUACAAGGCCUGCUUCCCCACCUCCACCCCCAGUGAGUAUUCCUCACAGGCGCAGAGCAUUCCCAGGUCCUGAGCUCAGAGGGCCGGAAUGUGGCUGAUAAAUCAGAGAUAACCCCCACACAGGGGGGAAGGGCUGGCCGGACACUCAACGCCAGGAUAAAAGGCCACGGUUGCUGGAGGGGCCAGGAGAGCCUCCGUGGGCCUGGAAGAGGUGGCCGUGAACUUGGACGGAAGCAGCAGCAGCCCCAGCCCACCACCCAAGCGACAUGGACCCCCAGAUGGUGCUGUCCCGGGGAAGUCUGCUUGUGCUUUUCCUGAGCCUGUUGCUGCCAGGAGGUCGCCCCCACCCGCUGGGCAGCCCUGGCCAGGCUGCGGAGCUCGCCCGGAUACAGGAGCUGCUGGGUCACCUGCAGGACGAGGGGUCAGAGCCACCAGCAAAGCAGACGACCCUGGAGCCGCUCCAGCAGGACCAAGGCCCCACAGCAGCCUCGGAGACUGCGAAGGCUGCCCCCAAGGGUGUCCCUGGGCCCAGAGACAGUGUCCUCCAGGCUCUGCGGGGACUUCGCACCGCCAAGAUAAUGCGAGACUCGGGUUGCUUCGGACGGAAAUUGGACCGGAUUGGCUCCUACAGCCGCCUGGGCUGCAAUGUGCUGAGGCGGCAUUAGGAGGAAGUCCUGCUGCGGACACCAGCUUCCGAUUCCACAGGGGGCUCGUUCCCCAGCCCCACGGCUCCCUUUGAAGUGACUGCUAUUUAUUCUACUUAUUUAUUUAUUUAUUUAUUUAGCUGUUUUCUAUGUUUCUUACCUCUGAGCACAGAUUUCCUCAGUGAAAUAAAGCCAACAUUGUACCUCUUUUGAAAUGGA